UCUUCUAACUGCUGCUGCAACGCUGUAGAAUCUAUUGCCUUUAGUUUUUCCACUUCAGCUUCUAAGUCUUGUUUUUCCUGCUGAGCUGUGUCCAAUUGAUCUUGUAAUUCUUGUGUUUUAAUUCUCAAUUCCUCCUCAGCUUUCUUCUUUGCAGCUUCUAAUUCUUCAUUUUUCCCCUUUAACUGCUUUUCUGCAGCUUCCAAUUCUGUUGUUUUAACAUUUUUCUCUUCUAACAAUUGUACUGUGGGAUGGCAAGAUAGGGCUUUUACCAUAAUCUCCUCUUUCCUAUCGUUAAGGCCUAACAGAUUUUUCAUUUCUUCUAGGCGACUAAAAUAUUUGCCACCCUUUUUCCCAACGGAUUUUACAUUCAUGAUUGUAUUAUCUCCUAGUUCUUCUUGAGGAUAAGAACCAGUAAUAUAUAGUUGUUGAUCAUUUAGCGUACAGCCCACAUAAAACGUGUCAUCAAUUAUAGCACCACUCUUAUCUACGUUUUUAUACUUUUUAAAUUCUUCAUAAUCAUCUUUUUUUAUAACAAGCACUAUUUUAUCAUCGGCAACCUGUAUUGUACCAUUCUUUAAGCUUAGCAUAACGAACCUCAAUUAUAAUUUAACAUUACAUAAUACCCUUAGAACCUAAGGUCAAGUAAUAUUUUUAUCAUAGCAUAGAAAAUUUAUGUUCGUAAACAAAAAAUUUUGGCGUAAAAUUGCCGUAAUUGUGCUAUAGCUAAAGUAAUUUAGGUUUACCGACCAUCGUCAUUCCGCUGCUUGUUAGCGGGAUCUAGAGAUACCGCCGCGGUAUAACGUUGCUAGCUUAAGGUUUAAAAUUGAGAAAUAUUUAUGUUAAAAGAAAAAUACGGCUUUAAAGAAGUUGAAGACAAAUGCAACAUAUUGUGGGAAGGCAGUAAAGUUUACAGGUGGAAUGGUGGAAAGGAUAACACUUUCACUAUAGACACACCUCCACCGACAAUAUCGGGAAAACUCCAUAUUGGCCAUAUAUUUAGCUAUUGCCACACGGACUUUAUUGCAAGGUUUCAGCGCAUGCUGGGGAAAGAUGUGUUUUACCCAAUUGGGUUUGAUGAUAACGGGCUUCCCACUGAAAGAUUGGUUGAACAAACCUAUAAAACCCGUGCAAAAGAAGUUGGCAGAGAAAAAUUUAUAGAGAUGUGCCAUGAGGUUAUUGAAAAAUCAAAGCAAGAAUUCAAGGAACUAUUUAAAUCGGUCGGCAUUAGUUAUGACUGGGAUUUGGAAUAUCACACGAUCAGCAAGGAAACUGUGACGCUUUCACAGAUGUCGUUUAUUGAUCUAUAUAAUAAAGGGUAUGCAUAUAGAAAAAUGCAGCCCAUCCUUUGGGACCCGGUUGAUAAAACAGCAAUUGCGCAAGCAGAAAUAGAAGAUAAAGUUUUUGAGUCAUCCUUAAACACGAUAGUUUUCUCUACUCAAGAAAAUGAGCAGAUCAAUAUUGCAACUACGCGACCUGAGUUACUUCCCGCAUGCGUUGCAGUUUUUUGUCAUCCAGAGGAUGCGCGCUACACUCAUCUGAUCGGAAAAACAGCGGUAGUGCCAAUUACAAAGGAAAAAGUACUAAUCAUUGCUGACGAUAAGGUCAAAAUAGAUAAAGGCACUGGGCUUGUUAUGUGCUGUACGUUUGGUGAUGAACUCGACAUAUAUUGGCAGCAAAAGCAUAACCUGCCGAUGAAAAUUAUCAUCGAUCAGGAUGGGAGGAUGAACCUAGAUGAUGUCAUUCCACCACACCCCGGCGUCAUGAAAGUAGCUGACACUGGAAUCUACGAUGAAAUAAAUGGAUUGAAAGUUACAGCAGCAAGAAAGAGGAUGAUUGAAAUCUUGAGUGGAAAAGGACUUUUGAUAGAAAGCACUAGCAUUUCUCAUUCUGUUAAGUGUGCAGAAAGAUCUGGUGCACCACUUGAGAUAUUACCUACUUAUCAAUGGUUUAUCAAGACCUUAGAGCAAAAAGCUCAAGUAUUAGAUAAAGUAAAAGAAUGCAAUUGGCAUCCAGCUACUAUGCGUAAACGUAUGGAAGUGUGGAUAGAAGGGCUAAAUUGGGACUGGUGCAUCUCAAGGCAGCGCUAUUUUGGUGUGCCAUUUCCAGCAUGGUAUUCCAAACGUAAGGGAGAAGAAGGUAAAAUUAUUCUAGCUGAAGUAAAGGACCUGCCUAUAGAUCCAUUGAAAGAUUUGCCAAAAGGGUAUAGCAAAGAAGAGGUUAUCCCAGAUCAAGAUGUAAUGGAUACCUGGGCCACAAGUUCAAUUACUCCUCAACUGAGUGCACUGGCAGUAAACAGUGAGUUUAGCUUACCAAAUCAUCGCUAUGAUACGAUAUUUCCUGCAGAUCUGCGCAGCCAGAGCCAUGAGAUAAUAAGAACUUGGGCUUUUUAUACUAUUUUAAAGGCACAUUAUCAUGCAAAUUCUUUACCUUGGAAAAACAUUAUGAUCAGCGGUUGGUGUUUAGCAGAUGAUAAGAAAAAGAUGAGUAAAUCAAAAGUGCGCUAUUGGGCAGCGAACUCAAGGCUUGGAGUUGAUACAGUCUACUCUGAAAAUAUAUUCAAAAUUGGCCAGCGCCUCGUUACAAAACUUUGGAACGCUAGCAAGUUUGUUUCCAUGUUCAUGGAAAAGCAUCAAACAGUAAGCAUAAAUUCCAUCAGUGAGACGAUGGAUAAGUGGAUAUUGUCUAAGUUAUACAAAGUAAUAGGUAGAGCAACAAAUAACCUAUUACAGUUUGAAUACUGCGAAGCUUUGGGCGCAAUAGAGGAAUUUUUUUGGAAAGACUUUUGUGAUAACUACUUGGAAUUAGUAAAAAAACGCGCGUACGGAAGCAGUGAAGCAACCUUAAGUGCAAAACAAAGCUUGGCGUAUGUGUUAAAUGUUAUUUUGCGGUUAUUUGCACCUUUCUUGCCAUACAUUACAGAAGAGAUAUACCACCAGUUGUAUAGUUAUAAUUCUGUACACAAUCAAAGUAAUUGGCCAAGCAAAGAAGAACUUAUCUACGAUAAAUAUUCAGAGGAAAUGGGAGAUAAUGUUAUUCAGAUAUUAAAUAUUAUCAGAAAGAUAAAAGCAGAUAAUAAUGUGUCAGUUAAGCAUUUGAUAAAGAAAUUAGUGAUAAAAGCAGAUCUACGAGAGGACAAAUUGAAUCAAUCCGCGCAGAAUGAUUUGCAGGCAGUGUGCAAUGCGGAAAUGAUAGAGUGGAUGCAGUCUGAGCUUGAAACUGAGAACGGAAAAUACAUAGUGAAUAUAGAUUUAUAUUGAUUUUUA